ACUGUAGUCUCACCAAUGAGGUAGAGGGAUACGGUAUAUCGAUGAAGUAAGACGUUAGGCUCCGUUUUGUUAUAAUUUGCUGCAGUGGUUCGAAGGUCAUAACCCAAGAUCACAUUUUUAAAACUUGAUUCAAUUGCAGAAGCAGAACUUCUCACGCGAACUUAAGUUAAUACAGAAUAGGCUUAGUAUUAGCUAGCAUUUGUACUAUUCCCCAUGAAAAAGGAUUGCUAGUUGUAGUCUAGUGUUAAGCUUACCGCAACAGCGCAAUUUAUAACAAGUGGUACAUCAGUAGUAUAGAUCACAGUACCUGUUGUGACGUUCUUGUGAGUGUUGAGGACUCGAGAAGAUGAAGCAAGUGAACGUGGCAGUUCAAGGUUGACAUUGUGCAACAGAAUUACGAGAUUUCCUACAAAACGAAAAGAAAUGGAUCUUAUGUGUUGUGAAGGAAAGAUCGAAACAAAAGCCUAUCAAGAUCCAGUUUUGUGUUCGGACAAGACACUACAAAAUGCACUUCGGUUAGAAGAUAGAUACACCGUUACUUCGUCCUAUUUCGGUUGCUUCCAAAAGGAACUCAAGCUCUACAUGAGAAAGAUAGUUACAACUUGGAUGUGGGAGGUUUGCGAAGAUGAGCAGUGCCAAAAAGACGUUUUCCCCCUAGCAAUUAACUGUUUGGACAGGUUUCUUUGUGUUGUACAAAUCCGAAAGAGUCAACUUCAACUUGUUGGAGCUGUGUGUUUGUUUUUGGCGUCUAAGGUGCGGCAAACACGGCCCAUCUUAUCAGAAAAACUUUGUGCUUACACGGACAAUUCGGUCACAUUGGAUGAACUUCUGAACUGGGAACUUCUUGUGCUGAGUAGGCUAAAAUGGGAUAUUUCUGCAGUUGUACCCAAUGAUUUCAUAGAACCGAUUUUUCAAAGGCUUUCUCUCGCUAGAGGGUCUGAAGUAGCAAGAAACCACGCUGAAACUUUCAUUGAUCUGUGCUGUAUAGACUUCAAAUUCUCCAUGUAUCCACCCUCAAUGAUAGCAGCGGCUAGUUUUGGGGCAGCGGUACAAGGCUUGCUAUGGGUAGACAAACAAUGGUCUUCUCAGAAGGAGCUGUUGACGAGGCUACACCAAAUAUUGGGCAUUGAAGUGGAUUGUCUUCGGCUCUGCCUGGAACAAAUCGAGGAAAUGCUAAAUUUAAACUUAACCUCAACACAAGUUGCCCAAGUGGUGCCCUCUUCCGUGAAAAACUCGAACAAAUUAGUAAGUGUGGAGGAUCUUGAAAACAUUAAAUCAGUUACUCCAACCGACAUUCAAGAUGUUCAUUUCUAAGAUAUUCUUUUGGGGCUUCGUGCUGUCAUAGACUACCUUUUGAUCGUAGUGCCCUUUAUACCUAUCAAUAUACUGAAUCCUAGUCAGAGUGCGUAUAUUUUUGGGAAAAGAGAAGUGACAAUGGAGCCUCAUUGAUUCUUCGGAUUAUUAUUAUGGCCCAUUAAUUGAUUCUGUUCUACUAGAGCUUUCAGAAGCGCUUCCAUAACUGCUGCCAUAUUUAUGUUUUGGGGGAAAUGCCUGUAAUGAACUCAAUCAGGUUACAGGCAUGUAUAGUGAAACAUUCCAAGAGUAUAUAUAUUCUUUGCUGCAAAACAAAAAGAAAUUAGAGCUUUCUUUUUUACAGAUUCGGGUCUCAAUUAGUUAUUAUGAGUGAAGCAAGACUGCAAUGAAACCAAUGUGAAAAAGGAGAGGACAGACUGAAAUUGUGUACACGUGUAACUACAAUGAAAAUUGAAUUAAACUGAAUAACAUCAAGAAUGCUGUUCAUGAAUUCGUGCAAACAGUCCAAACAAUGUACCACUGCUCUAUGCUCUUUGUGGUUUUACAUUUUGUGUUGAAAUUUGUGAUAAUACUGUGCUAUAGGUUUUUGUUAUUAUCGGUACUUAAACUUUGGAAAGUUGUGUAGUUCUUCACCUUGUGGUCACUGAUUUCGGAGGCCGAAGUUUGUUCCCCGUUUUGUUUUCACAUGUUAAUGGAAAGCUAAAUAUUGUCAUUAAUUACGUGAUUUCGUAUGUUUCCACAUAAAUUCUUUUAAGUCAUUUUUGUAAACGAACCUUUUCAAAUGUUUAAUGUCAUAUAAACUUUUUUCAAGACGUAUUAUUCAUUUAGUAUUUUAACUUGGAUAUUCACAUACAUUAAACUUAAAAAAUUCAUGUUCCUCAAGAACGUUGAUUUUUUUAUGCCACAAUAACGCAUCACCAGAAACUAUCGUUUUUGUGUCCUUUUUUUUCUUCUUAUCCACGCCUUACCUUUUUCAAAUACUUGUCUUAAACUUAAUUCAGUCUGUUAUCAUGUCUUUCUGAAGGACAAAAAAAAUCAUCAAACUUAACUUUGCCUGAAGUUGUUUUUCUCUAGUACGAAUGAUGUUAAGUGAGCCUUAAAAAAAACUAGUUUCAUUUGUGUGUGCGUGUAAAAACGAGAUUAACCAUUUUAGAGAGUUUUUGAUUUUAAGGUCGCAUUCUUAGCGUUACAAAAGCACGAGAUGUUUACUGACAUGAAGUGAGUAUUGUAAAGAUAAUUUUCAAAAUGAAAUUAAUAUAGUUUAUGCUUAAAUUCUUAAUGUUACAGAUUUACCUAGAAUGACUUACGCUAGCCACUGUUUUUAAUCUACCAAUUUCUGUCGAUUUUAUGCUAUGAAAGAUAUGCUGUGCAUGCUUUGAAAAAGUUUGUACGUGUCAUAUCCACUUUUGUUAUGAACCCUUUCGCAGACCAAAAACUUAGUUUUGUUUACCAGUCAUUGAAUAAAGCAAUAAUUUAUUAGCUUUAGUUUUAUAAUGAAGAAGUUCAGAUAUUACUUAAAAGUUUGUGACAUUGUAGUUUUUUCCAUCUUCCUAAUACUUCACUAGAAUAGUUUUAUUUUGGUAGUUCUCUCACUUCCAUAAGUCUUAGAAUUGUAACUUUAUGUUGAGUUGUACACAUACGUAGAUGACAACCUUUCUCCUAACUACACAGUUUUAGACAAAAAAAUACGUGUGCACUUUCGAAAACUUGCCUUAAAGAGCAACAAAAAAACAUCCGUGUUUUAAUGCUUUAAAUACUUAAAAAUUUAGAAAAAUGAUAUUUACCCUGUUUUAAAGCAAAUAAUAAUACAGAACCAAAGAAAGGUUCAAAUACAAUGUGGAACACACUUUAAUUUUUACAUUAAUUUUUACUAUAGGAUCUUUACUACAAUAAACAAUAUCAUAUCGCUGAAAGAUUGGGAAAAGAAAAUCAUGGGUUAGAGUUACUGUUUUUGAAUGUUGAAUAUAUUUUAUUUGAUUACUAAACGUAGUGGCUAUGUGAUGAGCAUUAAAUAACAUGUAUAAAAAGACAUUCGUAAAGUUGAUAAUUUCACUUUUGUUUUACAAUAUCUUUUCUUUUUGUGGCAUUUGAUUUGUAUGAAUUAGGCUACAUACAAUGGUCGAAGUCUUUUAAUACUUAGGAGAGUUUGGAUUUAAACAUUUUAAUUAACGUAGGUGAAUACGUACCUCAUGGAAACGCGUUUCUCAGGAAUUUAUAAGCUAAUGAGCAACAUACUAACGUUAUCUUUGAAUGACCCUUGUUUUAUAUGUUUUGUUUUACAUAUUAAUUGUUUGUUUUUAAAAUCUCCAACUUUGGGUUACCUUUUCUUGUGGUUUAUACAUAGUACUUAUUCUGAUGUAUAUCACGUAGAAUAUAAUUGCAACGUUACAUAUCAUGAGAAAGGUUUCAUGAGGGGGGGGGAGAAAUUACGAUAUUUACAUAGAAAAAUAUUCGACUAUAAUAAUGUAUCCAACUCGGAUUUAUGUUAUGUUUUUUUUUGUUUUUUUCAUAUGCUUACUAUAUAAUUUGAAGAAGUAUGAUGGUCUCUUGGUUUGCCGUGUAAGAUGUUAUAUGCGGUCCUACGUUCUGUUUUGGUUGGUUGGUUUGCACACAGAGUUAAAUAAAACUGCUUUUUUAAGA